GUUUUAGCCAUUUUCACACGCCCAAAUUCUACCCCACGCGCACAUUUGCAAACCCUACGUAUAUCCGCCCCGCCCUGAGUCCAAGAUGAGUCCACUUCAGUCUUCAUCUUUAUCGAAUUCAGACAUUAGCACCGUCGAAACCGGAGGAGCAGAAUCUAAAGCGAUCGAAAACAGCGGAGGAAGACGAACAUGGAGGAAGAUCAUGGAAACAGCAACAGCAACAGCAAUGGUAGUAUAACAGUGGAUACAACAAAAUGGGACAGAUCAGUGUGGUUAAUGAAGUGUCCUUUAGUUGUUUCCAAAUCAUGGCAGUCUCAAUCCGCAGCCUCAUCUUCCUCCUCAGAUUCCCCGCAAGUCGCUAAAGUUAUCGUCUCUGUUGAUCCUCUUCGUUCCGAUGACUCUUCUGCUCUACAAUUCACUAUGGAGAUGGGUGGGAAUGACUCUGGUCAUAUGCCGAAAAGUUACUCCUUGAAUAUGUUCCAAGACUUUGUCCCAAUGUGUGUGCUCUCAGAGACAGGUCAAGGAAGAGUUACCAUGGAAGGAAAGGUAGAGCAUAAGUUUGAUAUGACACCUCACACUCGUAACAUGGAGGAGUACAGGAAAAUGUGUCGUGAAAGGACAAAUAAGUCAAUGAUCAAGAACAGACAAAUCCAGGUCAUUGAUAAUGAUCGUGGAGUCAAUAUGAGGCCCAUGCCUGGGAUGAUCGGUAUGAUUGCAUCCAGUUCUAAGGAUAAGAAGAAAGCAGCCCCUGUCAAGGGACCGGAAGUCAAAAGAACUAGAAGGGACCGUGGCGAACUGGAGGAUAUCAUGUUUAAGCUUUUUGAAAGACAACCUAAUUGGACUUUGAAGCAGUUAGUGCAAGAGACAGAUCAACCUGCGCAAUUUUUGAAAGAGAUACUGAAUGAGCUUUGCGUGUACAAUAAAAGAGGAACAAACCAAGGAACAUAUGAAUUGAAGCCAGAGUAUAAGAAAUCAGUCGAGGAUACAGCAGUUCUGGAUGUUGGUGCAAGCAUUCAUGCCACGAUGAAGGAUCUUCUUUGCCUAAGAACAAGAAAAUAAAUAAGUUGAAGAAUUCCUCUAUUUCCUCUAGCCUAUAGAUCUUGGUUUUAAAGAAAAUCAUUCCUCUUUGUUAAUGAUUUGACUCUCGAGGAAUUUAUAGGCCAUAUUCAGUAUUAUCACGGGGAAAUUUAUCGACAGUGUAUGCAAGGGAUAUUCUGAUAGCUUUGUAAGAUCCAGAGGCCAUUGCUGUGUACAACUUGAAAUAUGCAAUUCAAAAGGGUAUAGAAGUUAGUCUUUUGCAAAGGCAGAGCCAAAAUUUGAACUUCAUGUGCUUUAAAUUGUAAGAUUGCAACAUCAGAUGUUAGUAAUUGAGUUUUGAAUUAUUUCUUAAUGCAAAAACAGUGUUUGAACUUA